GCCACAAGUCCUGAGAUGGAUGAAAAAAAUGCCAGGACCCAAUAUCUCCUGGCCCAAAGAAUGGUCUUUGUUUUGGAGUUCAGACAUAGAAACACAAGCCAGAGCCUCGAUCUCUCCAGGCGAUUACAGGAUAUAAGCAGCUGCCUGAAAGCAAGUCCGGAGAAUUUCAGUAACCUCCAGGAAAGCUCUGAGGUUAGGGAAACCAGCACGGCCAAAGAAGACAUGAGGAGGCUGUUGACACCACUGAUUGUGACUCUGGCCCUGGCAGCACUCUGCUGUUGUGAGAAAGAUACCAAAGGCCCCUCAGAAUCUUCCAGCGCUGCCAGUAUCAAGAUUAAAAAAGAAGUUGCCAAUGCCUUUGUAAAGAGGCAGAAGAGAUCCAGCCUGUAUGAACGGUACUUUGAGUAUUACAAAAGUCCAAUGGAGCAGAUGCAUGAGCGUUGUGAAAACUACCCACCCUGUGACUAUCUCUCUGACCAAAUAGGAUUUUCCAUGGCCUACAACCGUUUCUUUGGGAGAUACUAAAGAUGGGAUGGCCACUUUGUUAAUUUGGCUUGGGACCGCUCUGAAUCCCCCCCAGGAGAAAGAAGAUUGUAGGUGAGAAGAAAGGAAUAAAAAAAUCUAGAAUGGAGCCUUAUUCCACCAUGUCCCUAGCCAGCUGGAAUGCCAAGGCAAUAAUUGUCUCACUUGUUGAGCUUGUGUUCGCUUACUUCCUUUCAUUAAAAAUGUUUCUCUUCA